GGAGUCUGGGACACAAACACUGACCAGUAUGUAUAUCAAACAAAGGAACCAUAAGCCAACAUUGGAGGAGGUUGCUCCUACCAUAUUGGAGAUUGCUAGGUUGAAGCGUGAAAUCAAAAGGAGGCAUAAGGAAAUCAUGCUGGGUAGACGGAUUGCAGAAGAGAAACAUGUGGAACACUUCAAACCUCUAGCUGAGCCACUAGUCAACCUAGUCGAAACCUUCCAACAGAUGCCAGUUCAACAGCCACAACUACCUCCAUCAAGAGCAUCCAAGAAGCGUCCCAGGUAUCUGAAGCCUAGAAUAAAAAUGCACUCCAGGCAUGUGAAGGGUAGGCAGAGACAAUCCAAGCCAGAGUUGUUAUCAUCAGAACAUCGUCCUUUCUCAACAGCAUCAACACACCACACAUAUCCUACUCCACCAACAACACCAUUUGUUAAAGAUGCCACAUAUACAAGGCGUGGACUUACUGGUGCAAGUAAAGCAAAACAUAAGCUCCAACUCUCCAGCAUUGAUGAAGAGUCACCAACAUUUGAAUCAUAUGGAACUGGAGAAGUUUCAAGUCCAAUGGCAGGCACCUCAGGAGUUGGACGGCAACUAUGGAAAGCAGGAAAGCAGGCAUUUGAAGAGGAUGAGGGUGAGGAGUAUAAUAUGAGUAGAGGAUAUGAUGAUAGCAGUGAUGAGGAGCUGUCUGGAGAUGGACAGGAUGAUGAUUGA